CCUAAACACCGCCUUAAACCAGAAAUAUAAAAAGCUCCUGACUUGAAAGAAAACACUUCCUAUGAAACCAUGCUUUAAAUAAAAUCAUAACUUCUAAUUUGUAUAUAAUUUAGUAAAUUCUGCCACACAAAAGACACCGGAAACAUUGUCGCGGCAGGAGACGGACAUGUAGCAGCUCAAUGUUUCGCAAUCAGACAUGAAGAGAAGGCGGGAUGAGGAAGAAAAAGAGCACUUGUGCUGCUGUGAGUACGUCAACAGACAUGGCGAGCGUAGCCACGUGGCGGCCUGCUGCUGUGACUGCAAAGACCUGGACGACGCCUGCGACAGGUUUUUUAAGCGGGAGCCUCAGAAUCCCGAGUCGCUGUCCCGCGUGGCCGCCGACAUCAGUGACCGCGUCCGCGUCCCUUGGGUGAAGGGCGGCGCCCGCAAAGUGGACUUGACUAUCAUCCCCCCACUGAUCCUCCUCCCAGCGAUGCUACACCUGGCUGCGUUCCACUUCCUGCUCGGUGUGGUGGUUCUGAUUGCUCUGCCGACCUUGUUGCUGUGGUACUACUACUUCACCCACCGGAAAAAAGCCCGGACACUCUUUUUUCUCAGCUUAGCACUUUUCUCCAUGGGCUAUAUGUACUAUUUAUACGUGGCAGAAGUAGUACCACGCGGAGGUGUUGGCGUCGUUCCGAUUUGCAUGGUAACUGUGGGCCUGUUGCUCACUCUGCUCAGCCUUGCAAACACUAAGAGAGGCCCGGGCUUUGUGAAGCCAAACCAAGAGUCUUAUCCGGUUCUCAAAGACCCGGCGGAAUGGUCGCAAGAGUCGGAGAUUAGCCGGAAGAACUGGUGUUCAGUUUGCCGGGUGGUCCGGCCCCCCAGGGCGGGACAUUGUCGGAUAUGCGGGGUCUGUGUCCUUCGCCAUGACCAUCACUGUGUCUGGAUUGACAGUUGCGUGGGCCGUUCUAACCACCGCAGCUUCCUGUUGACGCUCAUCCUUUUCUUGUCCACGUCCUUCUCCGGGAUCGUUAUGGUUCUGCAGAGCGUGUGUCCGGAGCAAAACGUUCUCACCGCCUUGUUCUACUGCCCGGGAGUCUAUGAGGAAUACCGUGGUGCCCUGUGCUUCACAUGUACCUGGUACUGCACCGUGGUGUCAUUGGGCCUCCUUCACCUGUUGCUGACGCAGCUGCUCAACAUCAGCUUCAACGUCACUGAGCGUGAAGCGCGGGCCGCUGUCAGGGAGCGCACCGGCCGCCGAGCCCUAUGGGGGCUUGCUGUGUACACCGGUGUCUACUCUCAAGGCCUGCGUGCUAACUGGGUGGAGUUUUUGACCAUGGCAGAGGGACAGACAGACGGUGCCAUCCGGGGAGCGGAGACGACGAGCGACGCGUGAAAGUCAUUCAUUUCAACAUCCGUCCCGCCUUAGGGCGUCAUGAUGCGGUUACCUACCUCAAAAGCCGCAGGUAGUCAGGACCAAUAUUUUCCUGAAAGCCGACAGCUACAAAUGUACCAUCACUUGUCGUUGGGAAGUUCUGGCUUUAAAUCUCAGGUCAGGUGUGGAGUUUACAAAUAAAUUCUCUUCCUUUUAAACUCUCAAUUUUUGUUGUUGUUGUAGUGAAUUGAGUUUGUCAUGAGUAGACGUCCAAUCCAUUUGAAGUAGGAGGGUGGUAGCGAAUCGUUGACGGCAGCGAAUGUGUUAAAGAGAUACUCAGUACAUUUCUUUAUCAUUUUAUCUUCCAUUUAAUCUGAACUGCAAAAUUGAAACCAGCGUGUCAAUUUCAGUUAUAUUCAGCAUAAAAUCCAACACCAUUGUACCCCAGAGUU